AGAGCAAGCAGUUCUGUCAACAGGUGCCCCCAGCCAGCUGUAUAAAGAGGGCUCCGCGAGGAGCAGCGUUUACAUUUCAGCACCAUGGAGAGCUACCGGCUGCUGGCUUUGCUGGGAGCCGCGGUGCUGCUGCUGGUGGGCGUCAAAGGGCAGGAGGAGACGGAGCUCCAGCCGCGAGGCUUGGACAUCUACUCCACGAUGGAGGACACGUCUCACGAGAAGGAGCUGGUAGGUCCUACAGCAGGGAAGGGUGUGCAUGGGCAGGGCGGGGGGCCACCCAGAAAGCGUGCUCGGAUCGCGCGUAAAAUCUCUCGCUUAGCUGGAUCGCUCCCUUUGCUCGGCAGAGGUAGAAGUCUCGGGGAAACUUCGCCACAGUUAAGAGCAGGGAGGUGAUCUAGGGAUUGAGGUGGAACUGAAGCUCGAGGAGAAAGGCGCUCAAGGAUGGCGUCCCAUCUCGUGGCGCCCAGGGGCAGCGCAGCGCGUGUCCGCGAGAGGCAGGGGCCCCACCGCCCUGCGAGGUUUGCUUGCGCGAUCCACUGACGGGUCGCUUUGUGUGUCCGCAGAUCGAGGCGCUGCAGGAAGUUCUGGAGAAGCUGAAAAGCAAGCGGCUCCCGCAUUACGAGAAGAAGUAUGGCCAAGUCCCCAUGGUGAGUUGGCUUCCGAUCCCAUCGCGCUGAGAAGGGAAAGGGCAGAUUUCGAAGGAGAAAGUUGUCCGGAGAGGGACUAGAGGAAGUGGCGGGAUCGGUGUGUAGUCAAACAGGGCUGGGACUGUCAAUCUGGAUUCUGGAAACUGAGCAGUUCCUCCGGACUUCAGCCUGGUUGACUGGUUCUCAUCCUGGCGUCCCCCACUUAAUUUGAAAUCGGGACUUGGGAGUCCACACCUCUCAGAACUUUUGCAGGUUGUUGCUCUUUCACGCAGUUGCUGUGAUCCCAAGAGUUCUGAGCUCUCCUUGCCGUAUUAAUCCAUUAGGUAUUAUAAGGCUGCAGUCCCCGAUUACACAGACCUGGGAGUAAAUCCCAUUAAAUUUACUUCUGAGUAGACAUGAUUGAACUUGAAGCAAGUUUUGGAAGUUAAUCCUGGUGAAGAUCCAAUAGGCUUCCUCUUUUCAAAAUGGAGUGCAAGUGGAAGGUUGCAGUCUUAGUUUCUUUGCAUAUUUUGUUAUAUCCUAUCAUCUAAAAUUGAUGCGGAACUUGGAGCACAUUAAAAAGAAAGUUCCUUCCAAAUAGCUGAUAAGAAACUGAUCAUUGAGUUCAGCUGAGGACUGGAUUUCACUUUCCCCUUGCUAUAUUAAGGUAUUAGAAGAUGACUUUCUAUUGCACUGGGAGACAAAAUUCCUUAAUGUUAUCAAUAUUUAAAUUUCCAGUUUGAGUUUUGAGUGGAUUCUUAUAUAAGUAGGGUUUCAGUUUUCGAUCUGUACUUGAAAUGUUUGGCAGCAGUAUGUGUGCUUUGGUCGAAACAGUUAUUUGCUUGUGAUCUUUUAUUACUUACCUGGAAGGAAGCACCACAGAAAACAAUGGGACUUACUUCUGAGUUGACACGUACAGGAUUGCUAAUUCAAAUAGUGUACUGCAUGCUUCCAUUAUUAAUCAACAAAUAUCUGUAGGGAAAAUAUGCUUGUGAGCUUUUUGAUGAGGGCUAGAGAUUUUAAUAUGGUUUUCUAGAUGCUCCAAUACUGGUAUCUGUGUUUCCAGAUGGGUGCUUACUGUGGGAUCACUGCUCCUCAUGCAAGCAGGUGUUGGUUUUGUUGUUGUUUUGUUAUUUUUGAAGCACCUACACAUGAUCAUUGGCCUCAAAGUGCCAGUAAAAAACAAAAAACAAAGACCUGUUUGCAAAUUAAGCCCCAUUCUGGAAGCCCCCUAACCUGAAGUUGAGCAAACCAAUUCUCCCACUCAUUCAUUCUCCUGUUAGGAUAUUUGGAUAGCAGAAUAUUUAAAUCCUCAAAAAGUAAAACUCGGGUGUUGAAAAAUUAGUAGAAAUGGCACUGUAGCCAUUUAUGUUCUUCUGCAUGGUGACUUCCUUUGUCUAACUGUUGGUUACUCUCAACAACAGUGCGAUGCUGGAGAGCAGUGUGCCGUGCGGAAAGGAUCCAGAAUCGGAAAGCUGUGUGACUGCCCCAGAGGAACAUCUUGUAACACUUUUCUUUUGAAGUGCUUGUAAAGAAAUGCCCCUCCCUCGACCAUUGAAGAACAGAGAAAGAUCCAGUUUUGCCUUGCCUGAAGGAUCAUACCUGUGACACCAAGGCGGGUGGGGUGGGGUGGAGAAUAGUAUCCAUCACACACACACACGGGGAAAAAGGAGACAGUUGUAUUUAACUGUUGCCAGGGCAUUACCUUUUAGGAUGUCUGACAUUUUUCCGUGCCGCCAUUUCUUCUCCAUCUUGCCGUUUGAUUUUCUUCCCUGUGUCCAUCUUCGUUCUUUCCAUGCAUCUGUAUCUCUGUGCAAAGAAGCUCAAAUGAUAUUUUGAAAUUAGUAUUUUUGUAUGUGGAAUGUCCUCAUGACAACUAGAUCUAGGGAGUGUCUGUUAACCUGUCUACCUUCUUCGCAGCCAAUGGCCCAAGAGACAGGACAUGUGGGAGGUUGCAACACAUAAACAAUAAAUAGGACAGUGUCUGUUAAUACCUUUUUCAUUAAAGCGCGCCAAGGAAAAUGUGUAUAUGAACAGUAAGUAAAAAAAGGCAUCAUUCCAAAGCACCCCGUGGGCCAGUCCUUCACCCUGUGCCUGCACCUUUUUUGAUGAGCAGCCAAAUUCUUGAAUAAAAUAAAAUAAAAGCAAUGGAAGCUAAUUGUAUACUGCAUGCUAGGAUUCUAGGUGCAAUUAGAAACUAGGAAUGGUUUUUCUUGACCAAGUGUGCAGUGGAUCAGCCUGUGGUGUUGCCAUUUCAAAGGGCAAGUGUAUGAAAUAGUAACUGCAUUGCAAACAUGUCACUAUGUUGACUUCAUGUUAAACAGCUUCAGCGAGUGAAUCUGUACUGAUUAGCCACCCAUGUUAUUUCAUGUUUGCUUCUUGGUUACUAAAUUCACAUGGUAUGAAAACAGUCCUAUGUUGAAUGGUUGAUCUGGGUGUACGGUUGAUCUGGAGCAGGCUUCAAAAUCUGAAAUAAUUGGAAGAAAUGCUUAAUAUGUAGCCAAAUUAGGUUUUGAAGGAGCCACAAGGGGAAAGAAAGGAAUAUUGCUCAAAUCUUCCUCUGUAUAAACUCCAGUUGUUGGGUCUUCCUUUCUCAACAGUAAAAAAGCAUACAGGUUCAAGGAGAACAAGGGUCUUCUUCAAAUUGACCAAAAUGUCUAGGCUUUUACAAACAGUUUUACUUGUAAGAAAGCAUUGUUAAUGGAUGUAUCCACUUGGGAUUGUUUUGGAGACCCAGCGCAUGAAUUUGGUGCAGUUACAAACAGCAUGACCAUUGUGUACAUCUCUGACCAUUGUACUGACCAAGUCUUGGCAAGAGAUUGAAAAGAAUAGGUCAAGGCAUCAUAAACUCCAAGUAACUCACAUUAAAGAUGUAGGAGUUACUGAAUCAAGGUGGGUACCACCGCACUAAAAAUAACAACAAUGUUGUACAAAUUUCUAUUAAAUAUGGAACACCUUCCAUUUUUAGGCACUGUUUCUCACACAUCUUAUGUUGUGUGGAAUGGAUGGUAGCUGCUGCAGAAUAGAUCAGGGUCCAGAACUGGGAGACUGAGUGUUCAGUGGAAGAGUUCUACAGUAAUGUUUAGAAGCACACAAAACAGAAUACUUCUGUACUUCUGUAACAAUGUACAGCUCACAUAUUUAGAUGUUUUACAGUAAUGUCCCAUUGUGUUCAAAUCCUUUAUUUGAUUGUUAAUAAAAAUCAUUGUUACAAAGUC